UGAAAGCGGAACAGAAGUGGCGUCAUGUGAUUUCCGUCAGGACUCGAUAAGCGACGCACUGUUUACUUUCCGCUGCUGUCACAGUAGUGACAGAGGAAUGUAUGAUUCUGCCUCAAAAUGUACUCUCACGGUUCAGAGAGUUUAAUUAAACAAGCCAGGGAGAUUCAGGAGCCUGAGCUGCAGAAGUUCUACAGCCGCUUGGUGAAGCUGCUGCAGACGAAGGAUCUCAGUCACGAGGCGGUGGACUCUCUGCAGAGGCUGCACGUUAUCCUGUUUGCCACCAAAUUCACCAGAAGGUUGACUUCAGAGCUUCAGAGGAGACUUUUAUCGCUGCUCUCGGCACCAACAGAGCUGAUUCAGGUGCUUUGCUCGGCUGUGCUCAGAGAAACGCUGCCUCUCUCUGGUCAGGAACUGAGCUACAACCAGGAGAACAUUAGUCAGCUGAACAGCCAUGUAGCGGCACUGCUCCUCUCACGGGCUGGAUCUAGGACCGAGCUAUCGUCUUUCUGCGCUCAGCUCCUUCGUAGCCUGGAAUGCCGUCAAUCAGAAGGGCCAUCUCACAUGUUCAUGCACAUCCUUCCGGUCCUCAACGCGAUCCUGACGCAGAGCCCUGAGUGCCUCACUGAGGAUCACGUAACCCUGCUCAGUAAGAAGCUUGUUGAUUGGCUGCGUUAUGCGAGCAUCACACAGGGAGGUGGAGCUUCCGUUGGAGGGUUUUUCACAGGACCCAGAUCACGUCAGCCGGUGCCUAUAGCAGAGCUGGAUGGCACAGUGUCUGGGGACUUCUUCACAGUGCUGUGUGUGGGCCAAGGCUUCACUGAGGACCAGUGGAUGAAUGUUUAUUCCUUUUCCAUGCUGCGCAACUGGCUUCUCACCUACCACUUUGUUUCCACUGGUAUCGCCACAGCUGACACUGCAAACAGGCUACAGCUCAGCCUUUCCCUCUCCCACUCCUUUUCAAAUGACGACCGAUCGGAGGUGGACGGAUCAGUGGUUUCCAUGGUUUCUGCAACUUCCUCCUCCAGCCGACUGUUGCCCCCAAAGGAGCGCCUGAGAGAAAAGGCUUUCCAGUACUGCCAGCGGCUCAUCGAACAGAGCGACCGCAAGACUCACAGGAGGAUAGACACAGAGCUGCAGAAAGUGUGCCUGGUGGAGGCUGUGUGCAUCCUGGACUGUGUGUGUGUACAAGACGCCUCGCUGGUUUACCGGACCUUCCCGUGCAUUAAGGCGCUCUUUGGUCGGCUCAGCUCAGACCUGUCCUUUGCCAGAGUCCUUCUGCCCAUAGCACAGUUCUACCUCAACCAUGGUGAGAUGGCAGCAGUGGAUUGUGAGAGUGUGUGGAAGCUGGUGUUUGGCCGAUUCCCUGCCGAGCUGUUCAAUGACCCUUUCCUGGCACACGAGCUCCUGCGCUUCCUGCGCCUGAACCUUGAGAGCCUGCAGCUCCGAGUGCCACAGUUCACACGCUCCUUCCCAAACCUUCUCAAGUUCUUGGCGUGGAACAGCCCAGCAGUGGUGUCUGAUUUUGUGGAUCUGCUGCCAUCUCUGGUGACAGCUGGUACUGCAGUGGAGCUUCUCCAUACUCUGCUGGACCUGCCCUGUCUCUCUGCUACACUGGUCCUGCAGCACAGGUCAGUGUGUUUGCCCAUCUCUGACGCUGGCGGACGCAGCCUUAUUUCCCUGGAUGCGUUUCGAAGCCCGGCAUUUCGAGGACUUUUCCUUUUCCUGCUUCGAGAGGAAUCGGGCUCAGGUGACACAAUUGACAGACUGAGCACGCUCCAUGAGCGCCUCGCUGAGGCAGCUGACUGGCCAAGAGUUGUUCAGUGUGCUAAGACUGUUCCUGUGCUGUUACACAUUUUUUUCAACACAGUUGUUACGGUGGCUGAUCAGAAGCUUUUGGCUCACCUGAUUCUGGUGAUGCUGGAGAGAAGUAGCCUCCUCCUCAACGUCCCUACAUACGUCAGAGAUGUCCACAGGGUGUUCAGCUGCCACCUGCUCAGGCUGUGUAAGCAGCAGCCCUCACUGGUAGUGGACCAGUCCCACGAGCUGCUGGAGUUUGCCGGAGCCACCGCCAACGUCUACAGCAAAGAGGAAAUGUACACACACGUGGUGUGGGUGCUGGGCGAGUACCUCUCUGUGUCAUGUGACUCUCGCUGCUCAGUGAGGCUCAUCACGUCCUGUUUUGAGACGCUGGAGGCGGUGCUGUUUGAGAUAACGUCUUCCACGCAGCCGUCGGGGUCGCUUCAUCCUGCCCCUAGGGUCAUCACCACCCUAAUGAGCGCUCUUGCUAAGCUGGCGUCACGGUCACAUGACCUCAUACCCAGGGUGUCUCUCUUCCUCUCCAAGCUAAGAUCGGUAACUAGAAAUGGCCCCGUCGCCUGGUGCUCGGAUGAGGAUGACCUCGUUGCCAUAGUAACGCGAGGCGAGGAGCUGUGGUCGCUGCUGAAGACCCCUGGUGUGGCGCAGAGCGUCCUGUCCCCGUCUGCACAUGUCAACACGCCACAGUGGCACAGAGACGCCAACGUGUCCAUGCCCCUGCAAAUGCGAGCUCUCACCAGCCUCACGCAGUCACAGACGGCGUGAGGCUGCACACGUCGUCAUCUUUACAGCAACGCUCGGAGUGGAAAGAGGGACAAGACUUCUGUAAAAAAAAUUAUAUACACAAAACGCACACAUCCCAUACGUGUAACAUGAUGUCUCUUCUUUAAUAUGUGCGAUUUCACAGAAAUACACAGAUCAAGAAAACAAAUGUUCCGAACUAAUCUUCUGUGCCUGGAAGCUGAUUACAGAAAAAGAUCAAAUAAAAAUCUAUCAACCUCAAUUAAA